AAUAGUUUAUUCCUCCCUGCACGCAGAUGGUCUCUCCCGCCUCUCGUGGUCCCGCCCCUCUGCCAGGCCCGGAUUCCUUCGCUUCACGACCCGGUAGGAUCCCGGCUCAGGAUUGGCCGAGCCGGAGGCCGUGGAGCCAGGAAGCCAAUGGCCGGGGUUUGCCUUCCCGGAUCUAAAAUGGCGGCGCCGGAGCCCGGCAGCGGGGCCUCCGGAGGGAGGAGGUGAAGCGGCCUCGGCCCGCGGCUCCGGGACCUGCCACCCCUGCUCGUCCUCCCGGGAGCCGGCCGGGACCCAGCCCCAGCCAUGGCCGCUGAGAGCAGCAAGCAGUUCUGGAAGCGGAGCGCUAAGCUGCCGGGGAGUAUUCAACCUGUCUACGGAGCCCAGCAUCCUCCUCUGGAUCCCCGGCUCACCAAAAACUUCAUUAAGGAGCGUUCCAAGGGCAAUGCUCUGCCCCUGAAGAAUAAGAAGGCCUCUAGCUUUCACGAGUUUGCACGCAACACCAGUGACGCCUGGGACAUCGGCGAUGAUGAAGACGAAGACUUCUCCUCUUUCCAAACCCUGAACUCUAAAGUGGCCAAGGCAACAGCAGCCCAGGUGCUGGAGAACCACAGCAAGCUGCGCGUGAAACCCGAGCGGGCCCAGUCUGCUCUCAGCGAGAUGCCAACCAACUGCAAGGUCAUCAAGUCCAGCAGCGAGGCCCAGCUGUCCAGACCACCUGGGCCUGCCCCGAGUGCCGGGUCACGUCCAGCUACUUCAUCCCCCACAAAUACUGGGUCUCCGACACGGACGAAAAGGAGAAGCUGAUAGAAACCUUCAAGGCGCGGACAGGGAGAAUAAAAUGCAAGUUCUUUGCCCACGGCGUGGCCGCUGUCCCUUUAAAUUGGAGUGCAUCUACCUUCAUGAGCUCCCGACCAGGGUGCGGCCCCCUUGACAGAGAUGUCCAUGUGGGACAGACCCGGUGGCAUUCAAUCCCUCUCCCUCUGAGAGCUCUGAGGAGGAGGACGAUGACGUGUGCUUGUUUCAAUGGGCUCUCACCUUUGCGCUGCUGCGGGGGGACGUCGACGAUCCAGACUACUGGCAUGAGAUUUUCCUCUUGGAUUCCAGUGACUCGGACUAGAAAUUCCACUGGUCCGGGCUCGACUCGAUGGAAUUGGGGUCACUACAUGGCUUGUGAACCUAUAUCUUUUGGGGGUGGGGGGGGAAAGACAAUUGACUUUUUUUUAAUCUGUCUAGUUGUGUGUCUGGCAGGCCUCCUAGUGAUCCGAAACCACUCUGCACAAGCUGGGGGAAUGAAGCGCCGACAGUGGGAAGCUCUCCUGUUCCACAGGGCGGUGGGAUGCGAUUACCAUUGCCACGCUGCUCUUUCAUCCAUCGUGGGGCUGAUGGGACUGACAUCUGACACAUCGCACGUCACGUUUCCACUUCCCUCCCUCCCCUCUGAAGCGGCACCUCUCCCUCUCUCCACGGGUUCCUCACCACCAUGCUUCCCAGCCUGGGAUCUGGUGAUGUCCCCAGUCCUAUGGUCUCCCAGCUGCCUUGCUGUAGGAGUAGGCUGUACACCAGGUUUCGCGGGGGUCCUGCAGUCUCGGUGUUGUGGUCGGAGGCAGAGCGUGCUUGCUGCUGAGGCUACUUUGUCGUGAGGGAGAGUCGGUUGAGCAGUGCUAUUGGCCACAGCAGCAGGCAGUGUCUGCAUCUUGGCAGGUUGCUCUAGUAUUGAUUGCAGUGCUGCCAGGCAUCCAUAGCAGGCUUAAAAGGGGGAGCAGUCUGAGAUUAGUGGGUGGGGGUGUUUGGCUUUUUUUAUUGAUGCAGGCAUCUGUCUCGGAGGUUUCAUAGUGUAAGCAGGGAGCCCCAGCUCUGUGGGAGCUGGAAGGGUUGCUGCCUGGUCGUGAAGCUGCCUGUGCACAUACUUAGCAAACCUUUUAACUCUUUCAGAAGAUGGAGACCAUGAAAUAAAAAUCAGCUUUAAAAACUAA